AUGGCAGAGAACGCUGAGGUGACCCAAACCUCUACCCCGCCGCCCUCUGCGCAGCCUACUAGCCUUGCUACGAAUCAUCCAACUUCUCCCUCUGCUACCGCCCACGCUACUCCUCCCAGCCUUGGUCACGAGGCCACCUUUGUCCGACCUUCAGAUCUACUUCGUCCCAAACCCCUAUCUCGACCAAUAGCUCCUCCAAAGCCGGAAAGACCAAUCGACCGAGAUGAACGAGCAGGGCUGAAAGCCAUUCGAGAUUUUCUCAGAGUGCGCAGUUGCUAUGACGUCCUACCACUCAGCUUCCGGCUCAUUGAGCUCGACGUUGGGUUAACUGUCAAAGAAAGCCUCAACAUUCUGGUUCAAUGCGGAAUCGUGUCUGCGCCGCUUUGGGACUCUUCGACGUCGACCUAUGCAGGCCUCCUCACCGUCAACGACUUUUUAAACGUGGUUCGGUACUACAACCUACACGCUGACAAGCUGAAGGACGUGGACAAAUUGUUGCUAAGCGAUUUAAAAGAUGUCGAGAAAAUCCUCAAUGUUAAACCGCCUGAGACAGUUUCAGCAUCGCCAGAAGCUAUCCUGUACGAUGCGUUGCGAAAGCAACUGGUAUCUAGAGCCCGGCGUAUUCCACUGGUGUCAUAUGACAGUGACACUCAAAGAACAAUGGUCACGAGCGUCAUCACUCAAUACAGAAUCCUCAAAUUCAUCGCGAUGAACGUGAAGGAAACCGAGAUGCUACGAAAGCCUCUUGCCAUGAUCAAGCUUGGAACAUAUGGCAACAUUGUUCGCUGCAGUAUGGAUACAACGAUGCUAGACGUCAUUGACGAGAUGGUGAUGAAGAAUAUAUCCAGUGUGCCUGUGGUAACCACAGAAGGUGUACUGCUCAAUGUCUUUGAAGCCGUAGAUGUCAUCGAAAUUCUCAAGACUGGAGAUUAUGGCAACCUCACGUGGACUGUCGGCAAGGCCCUGUCAGCACGCUCACCGAAUCAUCCGGGCAUCUACUGCUGCUCUCUAGACGAUGGCCUCGACACAAUCUUCGACACCAUCAGAAAAUCCCGGGUCCACAGAUUGAUGGUGGUCGACGAGAACAAUUACCUCAAGGGGGUAUUGUCACUCAGCGACAUUCUCCAUUACAUUCUAGUUGAGGGACAGGAGGAAACGAGUCAAGUGUAA